AUUUGAUUGUUACCCACACAUGCAGAUUGCUAGGUGAUCUUCUGGGAGUUACAGACUACAAAACUAACAAGGCCGCUUUCUGGUUUCUGGACGCUAUAGCGCUUCAACUUUUAAAUUAUAAAAAACGUCUAAACGAUCAUCAAAGAAGUGUCCUAAUUAGCUGGUUGGCCGGCGAAAUGAAAUUAAUUCGAGAUGAAAAGCUAUCACGUGAAGAUUUUUUCAAAGAAAUGAGAAUAUUGUUUCUACAUAUUGCUGAGAAUAUAUCUAGUGGCAGCCAAUUAUUGCAUUGGGAAUUGAUCGCGGAUAAAUAUCCCAAAAUUACAUCAACAAAUUCCAUUAUUGAUGAAUCUUUUACGAGUAAAAUGAAACAUUUAAUCACGAAUAAAUUGUCUGACAAGAGAUUAAUGUCAGAAUAUGAUGCCCAAGAAGCUUUCUCGAUUGCGGAAAAAUCGAGAGAUUCUAAAAACAGUUUGCAAGGGAACUUUCAAACUCCAAUAAACAUAGAAAAUUCGCAAAUAGAUAUAUCCACAGAUGCGAAUGUGAUUGAAUCUUCCAAUUUAAGGCAUUUAAAUGUUGCAUUGGAUACAAUUAUUGAAGCGACGUACAGCAUGUAUGCUAAUGAAUUGCGGUAUGCUCUUAUAUAUGCAGUUUUCGUAACGCCAAUACAAUUGCAAAUUCAUCAUAUGUCGCACACUAUCCGGACACCGCGCCAAAUUAAAGUCGCGGAUCCUAAAGGAUCGUUUGACAUGCAGCUUCGGAAGCAAUUAGAAAAGACUGCCUAUGAAUGGACAAUUGGCAACGGCAAAAAACGUCAAGGAAAGAAAACAAUUAAUACAAAAGGAAAACGAGCAAUUGAAGAAAAUCUAAAUAUGAAAGUUGGUCCUCCGACACCACCAUCUUCUUUAACUGACGAAGAAAUAUUAGCAAACAAUCGUCGAUUUAUUUUACCGUUGAUAGAAGCGAAGGAAGCGGCACAAAUCUAUGAGAUGCAUGCAGAGACUAUGAAAUAAAAAUAAAUAUGGG